CCCUCUGCAUUAGUCACUCUGUGCUGCCGGUAUCGCUCACCGUUAGAUAUAUAAACCAUCCUGCCUGCUCCAGGAGCCGAGUCAGUGUCUGCACACCGGAUAUCCGGGUCCGGUAAGGUAAGGUGGACGCGUCCCAUUGGAGCUUCACCGGGGGCGGAGCUACGAGCUAUGACGUCAUGUAAACAAAGUGAUGUGUGACAAGCUCCGGGUUAGGUCAUGGUUGUCCCUUUACUCGAGGGUUAGCCUCUUGUUGUCCUCACUCACCGGCUGCUGUGUCUGCGCAUGCGCAUUGGGUUCACACCACCACCAGCAGCAGCAUUAGCUAUGACCCAGGCGGAGAAGGGGGAGCUGGAGAAUGGGAAGGAGCGAGAGAGGGAGCAGCGCGGGGUGAAGAGACCCAUAGUACCCGCCGCUAUACCGGAACCCUUCCAGGACGUGAGUAUAGAGACAUACAGUCUGCUAGAGAACACAGCAUCAUGGGAGUUGUAGUCCUACACAGUCUGUUAGCGAACACAGCAUCAUGGGAAUUGUAGUCCUACACAGUCUGUUGGAGUACACAGCAUCAUGGGAGUUGUAGUCCUACACAGUCUGUUGGAGUACACAGCAUCAUGGGAGUUGUAGUCCUACACAGUCUGUUAGCGAACACAGCAUCAUGGGAGUUGUAGUCCUACACAGUCUGUUAGAGAACACAGCAUCAUGGGAGUUGUAGUCCUACACAGUCUGUUGGAGUACACAGCAUCAUGGGAGUUGUAGUCCUACACAGUCUGUUGGAGUACACAGCAUCAUGGGAGUUGUAGUCCUACACAGUCUGUUGGAGUACACACCAUCAUGGGAGUUGUAGUCCUACACAGUCUGUUAGCGAACACAGCAUCAUGGGAGUUGUAGUCCUACACAGUCUGUUAGAGUACACAGCAUCAUGGGAGUUGUAGUCCUACACAGUCUGUUGGAGUACACAGCAUCAUGGGAGUUGUAGUCCUACACAGUCUGUUGGAGUACACAGCAUCAUGGGAGUUGUAGUCCUACACAGUCUGUUAGAGAACACAGCAUCAUGGGAGUUGUAGUCCUACACGGUCUGUUAGAGUACACAGCAUCAUGGGAGUUGUAGUCCUACACGGUCUGUUGGAGUACACAGCAUCAUGGGAGUUGUAGUGCUACACAGUCUGUUAGCGAACACAGCAUCAUGGGAGUUGUAGUCCUACACAGUCUGUUGGAGUACACAGCAUCAUGGGAGUUGUAGUGCUACACAGUCUGUUAGCGAACACAGCAUCAUGGGAGUUGUAGUCCUACACAGUCUGUUGGAGUACACAGCAUCAUGGGAGUUGUAGUCCUACACAGUCUGUUGGAGUACACAGCAUCAUGGGAGUUGUAGUCCUACACGGUCUGUUAGCGAACACAGCAUCAUGGGAGUUGUAGUCCUACACGGUCUGUUGGAGAACACAGCAUCAUGGGAGUUGUAGUCCUACACAGUCUGUUGGAGUACACCGCAUCAUGGGAGUUGUAGUCCUACACGGUCUGUUAGAGUACACAGCAUCAUGGGAGUUGUAGUCCUACACGGUCUGUUGGAGAACACAGCAUCAUGGGAGUUGUAGUCCUACACGGUCUGUUGGAGUACACAGCAUCAUGGGAGUUGUAGUCCUACACGGUCUGUUGGAGUACACAGCAUCAUGGGAGUUGUAGUCCUACACGGUCUGUUGGAGAACACAGCAUCAUGGGAGUUGUAGUCCUACACGGUCUGUUGGAGUACACAGCAUCAUGGGAGUUGUAGUCCUACACAGUCUGUUGGAGUACACAGCAUCAUGGGAGUUGUAGUGCUACACAGUCUGUUAGCGAACACAGCAUCAUGGGAGUUGUAGUCGUACACAGCAUCAUGGGAGUUGUAGUGCUACACAGUCUGUUGGAGUACACAGCAUCAUGGGAGUUGUAGUCCUACACAGUCUGUUGGAGUACACAGCAUCAUGGGAGUUGUAGUCCUACAAGUCUGUUGGAGUACACAGCAUCAUGGGAGUUGUAGUCCUACACAGUCUGUUGGAGUACACCGCAUCAUGGGAGUUGUAGUCCUACACAGUCUGUUGGAGUACACCGCAUCAUGGGAGUUGUAGUCCUACACAGUCUGUUGGAGUACACCGCAUCAUGGGAGUUGUAGUCCUACACAGUCUGUUGGAGUACACCGCAUCAUGGGAGUUGUAGUCCUACACAGUCUGUUGGAGUACACCGCAUCAUGGGAGUUGUAGUCCUACACAGUCUGUUGGAGUACACCGCAUCAUGGGAGUUGUAGUCCUACACAGUCUGUUGGAGAACACCGCAUCAUGGGAGUUGUAGUCCUACACAGUCUGUUGGAGAACACCGCAUCAUGGGAGUUGUAGUCCUACACAGUCUGUUGGAGAACACCGCAUCAUGGGAGUUGUAGUCCUACACAGUCUGUUGGAGAACACCGCAUCAUGGGAGUUGUAGUCCUACACAGUCUGUUGGAGAACACCGCAUCAUGGGAGUUGUAGUCCUACACAGUCUGUUGGAGAACACCGCAUCAUGGGAGUUGUAGUCCUACACAGUCUGUUGGAGAACACCGCAUCAUGGGAGUUGUAGUCCUACACAGUCUGUUGGAGAACACCGCAUCAUGGGAGUUGUAGUCCUACACAGUCUGUUGGAGAACACCGCAUCAUGGGAGUUGUAGUCCUACACAGUCUGUGAGUCCAGUACUGGGCACCUUGAAUAUAGUGCUUCCAUUGGAAAGCGAGAGAAAUCAGACCGAAGGAAUAUCACUGGACAGGUUAUAUAUGUAUUGGUUAUGGAGAAGCACAAUGUUCUAAAUGCCUCAUUACUAUCCUAGCCACACAUUGAAGGGUUCUGUUUAUAUAGGAAACCCAGACUGUGAGCACUUGGGUGGCUGUACAGAUUAUACACAUUCAGUAACUGUGGACAGAUGAUAAGAGGGCUGUAAUCAUACUAUCUAGAAUGGGAGGUGCUGGUGGUAAUGGAUAUCAUUUGUCACAUUUGUUUAAAUGUAAUGCCAGGGGUCCAGUGAAAAUUGAUGUUGUUCCUUUUUGUCUUUCUGCUGAGUAGCAGAUACAGAGCGAUUUCAUUGUGGUGAUACACCCUGGAUCCAGCACCCUGCGCAUCGGAAGAGCUACAGAUACCCACCCGGCAGCAAUUCCCCAUGUCAUUGCUCGUCGUCAUAAACAACCAGGACAACCCACCUACAGUGACCAGUGGCUCGUGAGAGAUGGUUUGAAUGUAAGAACCUAAUAUUACAUAGUGCACUUAGCAGAGUGGUUAAACUAGUAGUGAGUGUGUUUCAAAUAAUUAUUAUGUGUAUGUAUAUGUAAAAAACAGAUACAAUUUAUAUCUUGUAAUACCUUUUUUAUUGGACUAACAAUUUUUUAAUGACAAACUUUUGGGAGGGCUCAAAUAUCUUAUGUGAAGAUCACAGAGUGGGGGAAGGGAGAGGGAAAAAAAAACUAGCGAAUGGUGCUAGAAGGGGAGAGUAUUAAUAUAAAGAAUGCAUGUAUAUGUAUACAGUAUUUAAUUUCCCGACCAUAUCAGUUGCAGCACUUGUUUUUAUCUUUUGGCUCACCAGGUACCGUUAAGGUUCUUUUACCCAGGUGGCAUUCCAUCCUCUCUCCACCUGGAAACAGUCCUCUUAGGGAUAUUGCUGCAGCUAGGUGGACCCCUUCUACAUACAUCCCUCAAUUUAAUAUUCUCAAAUGUGACUUUCAUGGGUUUUCUGGCAGACUGCAGGACGAUGCUCCAUUCUUUUCUGAGAAGGAGCAAAAGUGUGUGUAGAGCCACAAGACAGUGAGUGGUUACUGGAUUUGAAGAAAAAUAUCAAGGAAGGUGUUCCAAGAAAUUCUCUCAUGGAUUUCAUUAAGCAUAUACUUCUAGGAACUGAUUUCAUUGCUACAUAUUCUGUGGAUUUAGUGUUCAAGAUCCAUGGUCCUUACAGUAGCCACUAGAAAUGGAUGGGAUGGGAAGCAGAUACCGCUUCCGAAAAAAAAAGGUUUUUUUGUGCAUUACCUUAAUGGGGCAAAUUUUGUUCGGAGAACAUCUUGACAAAUGUAUAAAACUGGUGGCAGAAGGAAAGAUGGCUUUGCUUCCUUUGGAAAAAAGACAGCGACAUCAUACCUAUUUCGAGAUGCAAAGCAAUGCAAACCAGGAAAAUAAACCUGUUGAUACGUAGAGGUACAACCAGUCAGCUGGCAGAGUGGGAAGAUCCCACACUAAAUAAGAAAUUAUGAUGGACAGGAGAUUCAACCUUCAAUAAUAGGAGUCAGACUUCUUCCAUUUUAGAAAAUUUGAGUCUCACAGAUUCAAGACUCCUGGGUGGUCAGAACGGUGUUAGAGGGAUAUAACAUAUGCUUCCAACCAUUUCCAAAACCAUGUUUUCUUCACUUGAAACAUCUCCUGGAGAUUGCAAAAGUCUCCUGUAAUAGACGCACAUAGUUCCACAGGAGGAAAAAUUCCAAGGGAUAUGGAGACCAGUCCCAAUUGUUCAUGAUCUCAACAAGACCUUAUAACAAAGAAAUUUAAAAAUGUAACCCGUAACCUCUAGAUAAAUUGCAGUCUGCCUAAACGAUUGGAUGAUUUUGGUACACCUCAGAGACACUUACUUCUAUAUUCCAAGAUCGCCAAAAGUUUCUGAGGUUCUGCAUCCAGGAGAAUCAAGGAGCUCCCGUCUCAUGAAGACCAAUUAUUCUCUGAUGGACUAGGCCCAACUUCACCUAGAAGAUAUAUCAGCCAUUUAUAUCACAGGGUCAAAGAAUACCAUCGGUGAUUUCCUCUGCAGGAAAAAAAGAUACCCGGAGAAAUUGGGUAUUUGCCACCAAACAUUCCAGAAGAUUAUCCAUAGGUAGGGGAGUCCAGAGGUGGACCUAUGACCACAGUAGAGAAUCGCCAGGUGGAAAAGUUCUCUCGAUCUUUUCACCAUGUGGCGGAGGGAACGGAUGCCAAAGCACAUUCUUGGAAUUUCAAAAUGUGCUAUGUGUAAUACUUGUGGAAAAGUUAUUUGGAACUCAACCGCAGGUGAAUAAAGAGAUGAUACUGUCACUUUAAGAAAAUAAUAUUGAAAUAAAGCAAUUUUGCUUUGGCAAUCUUCUGUUGUAAUAAAAUUCUAAAAUGAUAAUGCACGAGCAAAGAUAAUCUUGCAGGUAAUUGCUUCAAUAUGAAUAAUGUUUGGCAAAAUUAAGUUUAAAUAAGGCAACUCUUUAAAGGAACACUAUAGGGUCAGGAACACAAACAUAUUCUCUAAUUUCUUCAAGGUGGCUUGGAUUAAGGCUUGAGUUUAAUACCAAGGUACAUGUUUCGACCUUAUCAGCCCUAACAGGGGAUAAAUGGGCUCUGGACCCUCAUAUUGUGCAACUGUACAACACCUUUCCUCACAUUUAGUGUUGUGUGGUCACUUUCUCAGAAAAGACUUGUUUGCUUUAACUGUGUUUUUACUGAAACAUGUUCCAAAGUGUAAUGGUGCCAUAGCUUUAAAAAAACAUGUCAGUCCAGUUUUUUUCCUGUUUGAUUUCAUCAUCAUCAUUUUUUUUUUUUUCAUGUAUUGACACAAGAAACAAGAAGGCAACGAGCAAAGACAAAAUGGCCUUAAAAUGGUGGAUCAGGCCAUCUGGUCCAAGAAGAUGUCCAAUGGGACAAGACGAAUACCUGUCCUCCCUGAGCAGGUAACCAAAAAAUAUCAGAACCCCAUGAAUUACAAGGGUGUACUUUUUUAAGAUGUAGGGUGUAACGGAUCACCUGGCACCCCGACUGGGUACCUCCAUUGAAGGAUGCUUCUAGCGCUUCCUGAGGGCUCCAAGCACUCCAGCAGACACCAUAACCACCGUAGACUCCUUCAGCGAGCAAAACAGGAACAAGCUCUUAAAAGAACUUAGUGAUUAUAGCAAGGGAAUAUGCAGAGCAUAGCAAUCCCUUGUAGCAGAUUCCACCAAUAAGAUACGGAACUCCAAAUUGAGGGUGAAGUAGAACUGACAGAGCUGUGGGUUUAUUGUUCUUAUAUACACAUUUGUACCACCCACAGGGUUUUGUAAAACAACCAAUAAACACGUACAAUACACUCAGACACUCCCACACAAAAUCCUCCCCUCUGCCUGUGAUACAAUUACCUUACACAAUGGGUUAAAUAUAAUUAUCACAGGCAGGAAAAUACAGUUUUACACAAUAUUCAUAACUUUAAAAGUAUGCAUCACAUUCACAUAAAUUUUCAGAAUCCGCAUACUCCAAAUACCAACAUACGUCAAAAUCAUACAAAUUGGUCCAGUGGGUCAAAAGUUAGAUCGACAUCCUUUGUGACCAAAUGAAGCAUGGCUUUUCUUGCCAAAACCAGUUUCACAGAGUCUUCUAUCCUUGAGAUAAUUGGGAAGUAAUCCAAUUAUCUCCAAGGACAGAGGCAAAAUUCCAUUAGCCACAUGGUAGUAAAAUACAUAAAAAUAUUUAACUGUGCAGCUAUUGCAUAAAACAGGUACAUUCAACAUAUCCCCGGAUAGCUUAGAUCUGAGCGCACAUUAUUACUGAAUGGCACUCAGAUCACAUACAUACAGUUCAAUUGCCAUGGAGCCAAAGUCUUUCACAUAGUCUUUCGUUAUAUGAAUGGGCUCCAUGGCAUAGCUAUCUGGGGUAACACUGCUCACAUAGGGAAAGUACCGAAUGACCCGGCUUUCAGGUCUUUGCAGGGGAAAAUUAAGCAUUUCAACAUGGGGCCAUAGUCACAGGGCAGGAGGCUGGCAAUCAGUCUUCUCCAAUGCCCAGUGGUAAGGCUGGUUCCGCCACAUAGGGCAAUAGAUGUUUUAAUUGAUCUCUAUAAAUCUAACCUUUCAGUUUUUUUAUAUCUGAGUAAGAAGCUUUACUCAUUUCUCUGCCCAACUAAGUACUUUGUAAAAUGUGCAUAAUGUAUACAACCUCCCAACCCUCCUCUAAUGGGCUCUCUUACAGUUAAAAUUGAAAAAGUUUAAGCUGUAUUCACUAUCACAUCUUGACUAUACUGGUAAUAGAGCUCCCUCUAAUGCUGUUAUCUGCUGACAUCUAUACUAAGUGUAUACAAUAAGUGGAAUUGUUGUGAAAUACGUAACUGUAUACCCAGAGAAUUGUGGCAUCAGUUCAGAAUACACGUAACAAAUUGAGUGCCUCCAGAUUGUCAAAUAUCAUUGGAAAACAAGCUUGCGCAUGUAAUUUGAAAUGGGAGUCUUGAUAUAUUUAAAGAACAGUUAAGACAUUAGAACCAAUAUUGCCUGCUGUAGUGGUAAUGGUCUCAGAAGUGCCAUGGUACCAUCCCAUGUAGGCAAACCACUUUUAAACUAUUUAUCACUUACCUGGGUAUCUUUAGUCCAGUCACCUUUUCGGAUAUAUCUUAAAAGAAUGUGACCACCUGCUUUGGAUACUUAUGUGCUGUUCCUGUUUAAUGGAAUUAAUUAGCAGUUAUUUAUGUUGAUCUUAACCCAAAUAACCUUUGGCAUGCUGUUUAACUUUUUUUAAUAUAUAUUUAUUUUCCAGGCCAGAGCUUACAAUAGACAGAUACGACCCGCUAUAUUGGAUCACAGUUCAGGUGUAAAAUGGACUAACACUUCACAUAGACCAGAAUAUCUUGUUGGAGAAGAGGUAAUUUUGUGUUUAUGUGUAUGUAUAUGUAUAAUUAUUUUCUUAAUUUCAUCCAUUUUAAAGGAACCCUCCAGACACACAAAUCACUUUGGCUUCCUGAAGUGCUUUAUGUGUCUGGAGUCCAGGAGAGAUUGUAAGUCUGUGUUCGGGAAAGAGGGGAUGGCUUACAAAAUGCUUCAUACAGUAGAUCUGCAGCUUUUCCAAAUAUUUUCUUUCAUAUACCCACAAAGAAAAGAAUGGGAUUAUUUACUAGAAUAAAAGUCAAUGGAAUGUUUCUUUAACUGUGCUAAUCCUGAACAUAGUUGUUCACAUAGUUGUUCUCCUUUAAUAAACUCUUGCUGAAGAACAAACGUUUGUUUGUUUGCGUAGUCCAAAUGAAUUUCCAGCUUAUAACAGGUUUAUAGUACGUGGUAGGUGCUGCACCUGCUUAUAGCUUACAGUCCUAAUUAACUAAAGCUACACACCUGUACUUAUUUUCUUUUCUUUUUGAUCUUCUGCUCCUCUUGGAGGAGAAAUGUUGAGGCCAACUAGAUGAAAAAAGUCCAUCAGAGCCAGUUAGAUGGAGUGUCUGGGUUACAGUCCAAAUUUUCUGAAAUCAGGGGCAAUGAUUGGUUAUCUAGUAAGCCGCUCUGUAGAUGCCAUUAGGAUAAGCUGCUCUGCUGUCAAAGCUACUGUACAUGGUAAUCCUCAUGUCACAUUGUUUUCAUAUCUAUGUUGUAGUUCGGAGAAAGUAGUACACAAAAUGCACAGGACAAAGCCGCCUCUACUUUGUCUUUUGAUCAGUUUUUACUGUAUUGGAAUUUCAGUAAAAUUCCAAAGCUGUUAAUGUGUGUAUUUUAUGAGGAUGUUGUCUUUAUGAUAUACUCCAUUUUGGGGGGUUGUCAGGGCCGCCUUAAGUCUGGCAUCUUUUCAAUUCUUUCGAGCUCUGCCCCAGCACACUGGGAAAGUGCACAAUGAAAAUUCAUAUUAAGAACUUACAAACUCCAUAUCUUCAUUGGAGGUUCUCCUCUGAUGCUUCAACCCAGCUGUGGUCUACAACAUAUAGUGUUCUCAGAAUCCUGUAAAUGUUCCUUAAUUAAUUCCUUGAAGGGUCUCUUGUGCAAAGCAAGAGUCAUUUUUAUUCUGGAAUAAUUUAAAUUCGUUAAGAUAAUCAGGCAAUAAAAUUUUACAAAUCUGUAUGUUUUGGCAGCCAUUUUGCUACCAUAACGUAUAGCUGCAAACUCUGUAAAGAUCAAAAUUCAAUAGAAUUGUUGGGAAAAUAUUCUCUGACCAUUCCUGUAUUACUCAGGAUUUUGCAAUUUAUAAAGUAAAUUUUCUCUUUUAUUUCACGAUGUUACUUCUGAGCUCUGUAUUGUUUUAGGCACUCUAUGUGAAACCUGCAGACUGCUAUAAUAUUCAUUAUCCCAUCCGAAAAGGCCAGCUUAAUAUCCACUCUGGACCUGGAGGCUCUCUCUCUGCAGUAAUUACUGAUCUGGAAACCAUCUGGUCACACGUGAUCCAGAAACUAUUAGAAAUCCAAUUAAAAGAUCUGAAGGUAUGGGAGUUAUGUUUUGGUUGUUUUUUGUUUUUGUUUUUUUUGAUGCCAGUGUAUGGGAAGUAUCUGUGCUGUAGGGUACUCUGUUUGGGAUAAAGUGCUUACUGUAUGGGAGCACUGCAAAUGAGAGGCUUAUAGUGUCCUGCUUUCUCUAUUUGUCUACUGAUUGACCUUUAGUGUGUGUAUGUGUUAAAAGUGGAGCAGCCAUCAAGAAACAGUUAAUUGAUUUUCAUGGGGAUUUUAUAAAUUUGCAAUUAAUCAGAAUAAAGUCUCUGACAUGCACCAUAAAACCUUUUUAAAUGUACUAUAGGAUAGUAUGUUCUAUACAUUCGUUUAUUAAUUUGUCCUCUGAAUAUUGUAGAUCUUUUACAUCCUGUUUUUCACUAAAAACUUUUAAUUAUUUUGGAGACUAGGAUAACCCUUGAUUUGUUUGUACUAGUAUUACAGGUGCAUAUUACUGAUCCCGGAUAUAUAUAACCGGCAACACGUGAAAGAAAUGGUGACUAUGGUCGUAAUGAAGCUGGGAUUUUCAGGUAUGAGACCCUGUUCGAAAGCAAAAAAACAGACGAUUUGCAUGUUGCAUAUUCAUGUUUUUGGUUUCCAGCAGGGAUAGGCAACCUUCAGCACUCCAGAUGUUGUGAACUGAAUCCCCCCUGAUGCUUUGCUAUCAUUAAAGCUGUAAGGGCAUUAAGGGAGCUGUAGUUUACAAUAUCUGGAGUGCCGAAGCUUGCCUACCUUUUGGUUUAUAGUUUGGUGAAGAAGUGAGUGAAACUGCCUCUUUGCUGUUUGCAUAUAUAAUUCCCAUAUUAAAGGUACACUAUAGUGCUAGCAAUACAACUUUAAUGUAUCCCUAGCACUAUAGUAUCCCUUUAAUGCAGGCUGGGAUAGGAAGCUAGGAACUGUGCCCAUGGAGAACUCUUCAAAGUCCAACCUGAUAUAUGCAAGUGAUACACAAGUUAUUUUUCGAACUGUAUUGUGGCAAUUUUUAUUGUGUUUUCCUCACCACAAUCUUUUUGACACCUAUCUAUAUUUAUAUGUGGUGUUCCAGGUAUUAUAGUCCAUCAGGAAUCUGUUUGUGCAGCAUUUGGAAGUGGCCUGAGCAGUGCUUGUGUUGUUGAUAUUGGGGAUCAGAAGACCAGUGUGUGCUGUGUGGAGGACGGGAUAUCCCAUCGGAAUACCAGGUUAUUGUGCAAGGAUUUCUCCCCCCUUUCCUUUGGUUACUUCCUACUACAAAUUAGUCUUCUUAGACACUUAUACAUUCUUAGAAAUUAAUUUUCCACAUCGACGAGAAACAUUAAAUAGUCACAAUUUCAUAUCCUCCAUGUGUUUCGUUUGGUACAAAAAUAAUUUAAAACAAAAAAACAGUUUUCAAUAUCCUGCAUUGGUUAUUCUCACAUUUAUAGCAUUAGUCACGUCACACUUCUAAACUACAGCAAAUCUUUCACCAUUUUGUUUCAGGCUGUGUUUGGCUUAUGGUGGCUCUGAUGUCACACGGUGUCUAUUCUGGCUGAUGCAAAGAGCAGGGUUUCCCUACAGAGAAUGCCAGAUCUCCAACAAACUGGACUGCCUCCUCCUCCAACAUCUGAAGGAGACCUUUGCACACCUCGAUCAGGUCAGAAUAAUUACAUAUUCUUAAAGUGAAAAUGAAGAGCUUUAUGCAUUUCACAUUGCUAUGAAAGUGGCUGUCACAUACAAAAACAUCUGCCUCUCUAUAAUUUAGAUCCCAUUUGAUGUCUUUAACCCCUUAAGGACACAUGACGGAAAUAUUCUGUCAUGAUUCCCUUUUAUUCCAGAAGUUGUGUCCUUAAGGGGAUAAUAUUGGAAGUGAGCCAAUAACCGCUCAUUUAAAAAUAAUUGUUUAAGUAUUGUGGCAGGAUGGCCGCGCUCUUGAUAAUAGACUUUAAAUGCAAGCGUCAGGGUGAAAUAGUAUUGCAGUUUAUUUGCACUUUUAACAGGGCAUACAAUGCUGUGCCUCACAGAAAUAAAUAAAACAAAAAGAAAAUAAAUCCUACUACAAAUUGGAUACUUACUAAACAACAGUAUUCCUAACUAUCCAACUGGCCAGCUAAUCCAGUUCUAACUAUCCAACUGGCCAGCUAAUCCAGUUCCCAGUUUUAAACAGUUUAAACACAGCACUUUAAGUAUCUUUUCCUUUAAAGUUUUGGCUUAACUGCCUCCUUUCUCCCAGCUGUUAGGCUCCCUGAUGCCUUCAGAGGCUGACCUUUUAAAACACAAGUGCAGGUUAAUUACUUUCACCUGAAAGGGCUGACUUCCACCAAUUAACCCUAUCAUGCUGGGAAUAGAGAGCACUCCAAUGGAUUACUUACAUAGAAAGCCUCUCUGACCCUGCCACAGUAUAUAAUUCUCAAAGUGGGUUUUUCAAAUAACACUAGAACAUAUUCCACAAGGUGGAUCUUUUAAGCGAACACUGCCAACACUGUAAGGCAGCCAAAAGCUAUAUAUUUAACAAUAUAUAGAUUUUUUUUAUUUUUUUUUAUUUUUUUAUUCUUGAAUAACUUGCCAUGUUACAUGUUCACUAGUUUACGAUGUUUGGUCAGGGUUAAUAUUAAGCAUUCAAUAAGCACUGUUUAUCUUUGUAGGAUGUUUGUGGCCUUCAGGAUCAUGAAUUUCAGGUUCGCCAUCCAGAUGCCCCGGCCUUACUCUACCAGCUCCGACUGGGAGAUGAAAAGCUUCAGGUAUCUAGCUGUUAAUUCUUAUUGAAGGGAAUGUUUUGGGGAAAGUGGGAGCACUUUAUCAACGGUUACCUAUAUCUCGAAUUAUAUUAUUCAUUUGACAGCCUUCUAUUUUUCACUAAAUAUCAAACUUUGUUGAAUGGGAAGGCCUCUUAUACAAGUAAAUGUCCUACUUGCCAACAUAAACUUGGUCGGUUGUUAACCCCUUAAGGACAAGACUUCUGGAAUAAAAUGGAAUCAUGACGGAAUAUGUCCGUCAUGUGUCUUUAAGGGGUUAAAGGAACACUCCAAGCACCAUAAUCACUACAGCACACUGUACUGGAUAUGGUGCCAGGAGUGGUGUUCUUACCUGUGAUCUGCUCCUCACCGCCAAUACUAAUGCCAGAGAUUUAGACAUUCUGUGUAUAAGGUAAGCACUGCACUGCAGGGAUUAGCUCACUGGCUAAGAGUGAUCAGCUGUUGCUAAUGCUUAUUAUCCAUAUAUUGUACAGCGCUGGUGAAUUGGUUGGCACUUUAUAAAUAAAAAUCAUACACUGCAGGCUAUGUAAAAUGUUGGUUCUUUCACCAAUCAGGCCCCAAUGGCACUCUUUUAUCCGGCUACAUUUGGGAUCACUGGACAGAAAAUGACCUGUUUGCAACAAAGAUCCCAAGGAGAUGCAGAGGAUCCACAUGAUGAGCAUUACCUGCUGACAACACAAAGCAAACAGGACCAGGUACUACACAUUCUGCCUAGAGGUGGAACAUAUUUUGUGCUAGAGUUUUUAACAACUACAAUUGGUACUUUUGCAAUAUAUUUACCUCCUCAAACAGUAAUUGAGCCAAUCCAUUGUCACAGAUUCUAAUACAUUACUUAUAUAUAUUUUAGACAAUGGUUCAUAAGUCAUUAUAUACACACCAAUGUUGUAUGAUAUUAUUUUAAAACAUUAAUACAAAUAUUUGACGUGUGUGUGUGUGUGUGUGUAUAUAUAUAUAUAUAUAUAUAUAUAUAUAUAUAUAUAUAUUCUGCUAUACAGAAAUCUGUAACCUCUAAAAUAAUUUGAACAUCUUUCGCUGUUUGUGUAUUUACCACUUCUUUCUACAUUCCUUUCCAGACUCCACUUCCUCAAUUUGUAAAAACUCUGCAGGUAGUAUUCAUUGCUCCUGCUUCAAUAAAUCUCCUAAUAUUGGAUCUCUGUUUUGUGUUCAACAGUGUGGCUAUUGCUUUGCAACGUUGCAAGCAGUUUAAUGCUCAGUGUUCUGUACAUUUUUUGUCUCUCAUUUGCAGUCUGCCAAAGCUGCAGCUGAUCGGAAAGCAGGACCAAAGUCCAGUUUGUUUGAUGAUUCAAGAGGUCUGGACCCAUCAGACAGAAGUCACAUGCAAGAAGCUGAGCUUGGAACAGCUCAGAAUGAUAGUUUGGCAUCUGCCAACGAUGCAGAGGAGUCAUCCUCUGCAUUUUACAAUCGUAAAACCGCAAUCUCUCAGUUUGAAGGGAAAGCACUAGGUCUGGAUAAAGCAAUUCUGCACAGUAUUGACUGCUGCGGUAAGAAAACAGAUCACAAUUUCAUUUUUAUUUGCCCCAUAAGGACACCCUGAUACAAAUUACAUCCAUUUUUUAUAUUGUUUUUUUUUUCCUUGUUGUAAGUCUAGAGCAAUCUUUAUUUUUAAUUGAACACUUUUUGUGGUCUUUAGUCAUUACUUGCUUUUCUCAGAUGUUACUCCAUGCAAAAUUCUCAGCUAGUUUCCAUUCCUGGAAGCAGGUUGAGGACCAAUCUGCCUAAAGUCUGUGAAAGUUCAGGGAUCAAGUGACAUCAUUGUUCUCUCUGGUUUUCUGUUUUCAGAUUACUGAGGACGUACAUUCCUUAAAGGGACACUACAGUCACCAGAACAACUACAACUUAGUUGAGACACUGAACUUUCCUCAUAGAGAUGGAUUUAUUCACUACAUCACUAUGAGGAGAUGAUGAUUGGCCAUGGUAAAAUUUGUCUCUGCCCCAAGCCCACCUUCUUUGGAAAUCUCAGACCGUUCAAUGCUUUUGGUGGGAAAGCAUUGUGAUUGGCUGAGAUCUCCACUUCUGAUGAUGUCAGCCAAGGAGGUGGAUCAGGGGCAGAGUCAGCACCAGCAGACUAAAUAAAAGUAAGAUUCUUACUAUAUUUAGGUGGAGCCAGGGGGGCUAGAUAGUGCUUUUUAACUAUAGGGUCAGGAAUACACAUUUAUGACGAGCAAUGUAAUCUUUAGUUAGCACUAGAGUUACAACACACUAUAAUUAGUCAUACUAAUUAAAGGCACACUAUAGUCACCAGAACAACUACAGCUUAUUGAAUUUGUUCUGGUGAGUAGAAUUAUUACCUUCAGGCUUUUUGCUGUAAACACUGUCUUUUCAGAGAAAAUGCAUUGUUUUACAUUACAGCCUAGUGAUAACUUCACUGGCCACUCCUCAGAUGGCUGUUAGAGAUCCUUCCUGGGCCAUGGCUGCCUGAAAUGCAUCCAAACAUUCAGUGUAUCCACCCUCUGCAUGCAGACACUGAACAUUCCUCAUAGAGAUUCAUUGAUUCAAUUGAGGAGAUGCUGAUUGGUCAGGGCUGUGUUUGAAUUGUGCUGGCUCUGCCACUGAUCUGCACCUUUGUCAGUCUCAGCCAAUCCUAUAGGGAAGCAUUGUGAUUGGAUCAGGCUACCACUUCUAAUUAUGUCAGCAGGCAGUGGGCAGGUCUGAAGGAAACAUGCACAAAGCAUGCAGCUGUAGACUUGAAUACAAGUAAGAAUUUACUAUAUUUAGGGAGGCAUGAGGGGAUCAGGGGGGCUAGAUGGUGGUUUUAACCCUAUAGGGUCAGGAAUACAUGUUUGUGUUCCUGACCCUAUCGUGCUCCUUUAAUAGAAGACAGAUUGAUUAAACUUCAGAUCAAUCUCUCCCAUUGGCUCUGACCCUUUAUUCAUUGUGUUUUUUUUUUAUUACAUGUAGUAAAAUUCUCCUUGUAUAUCUAUGUCUAUAUAACACAGUGAUGAAUAAUGUGCAUUUAAAGUACAUUUUACAAUACACAAAUGUAUUAAUAGAAGUCAAGCCUGGCUACAUUAACCUUACAAGUACAUUCUAAUAAUUCUUUCUGAGACUCUUUUCUCAAAUAGAAUGGUAAUGUAUAGUUGAACAUGAAAUCGUUCAAAUAUUGCUACAAUAUACUGUGUUUUUAUUCACUGCAGAUUGGGGUUAGCUUGUGAACGCAUUCUGUUUCUUUUCAGCAUCGGAUGACACCAAAAAGAAAAUGUAUAGCUCCAUCCUUGUGGUUGGAGGAGGUCUAAUGUUCCACAAAGCUCAACAGUUUCUGCAGCAUCGAAUACUGAACAAAAUGCCUCCGUCAUUUAGGAGAGUUGUGGAAAAUGUUGAGGUUAUCACUAGGCCAAAGGUAAAUUUUCCUCCAUUAAUAUUAUUGCCUAUUAAAUUAGAUUUUAUAUACAGAGAAAUUAACCAUGCUUAAAUGCUUUUUUUAUUGCAGUCUUUUCUGAGGUUUUAGAAAAUGUCUUGGCUUUUUUUUUCUUUUCUUCCAUUUUGUUGUCUCAUGCAGAGAGUAGCCAUUAUUUAUAAUCUAACAUACAUAAUCAAACUCCCACUACUCUUGGGCCUCAGCAAUGUCCGUUUUUAGUAUCUCUCCAAGGGCCAUUUAAGUGUAAACUCGCCUACCAUGUCAAAGUAAGUCCUAUGCUAACAAUUCAACCUACUUCCUUCAGCUUCAGGUAAAAAGAAAAUUCUCUGAGACCGAGAGUGGUAGUUUUCUAAGCCCCUACAUACUUAUUGACCCUUAAUAGAGAACACAUGGAGCAGUGGUGAAACUAAUGUAGAGAGGGCCAUAGUACAAGAAAGUUUUUCAGGCCCUCCUCUAUUGCCAGGGGUGGCCAAAAGGUAGCUCCUCAUCUGUCAUACAACUCCAGCGUUGUUAUGUCAGCUGGGCAUCUACCAUUUGCCCAUCCUUGCAGGUUGUAUUCGUGCACUUGAAUUGCGCAUGUUUUGUAUAGAGUAUAUGUGUCCAUGUAAGGGGGUAUUAGUAUGUACUACUGCCAAUGGAAUGCAGUAGUGUGUUUGCAUGCAUUGGUAUGCUUGUAUGUAGUGUUUGCUUUUAAAUGGUGUGCUUUUGUGUAUAGUGCUGGUGUUUGACUGAAGCUUGUAUAUAUUUUUAUUGUAUUAAUAAAGGGGAGUGUUUGUAAAGUUUGCAUUUAAUUGCAGGAGUGUGUUUGGAUGUAACAUAAAUGCAAACGUACAUUUGUGUGUAGUAUUGGUGUUUGAGUAAAGGGGGCGUAUUUGUAUAUAAUUUUGGAGUCUGAAUGCAGGGGUGUGUUUGCAUGUUGUGUUUGAUUGCUUAGAUGCAUGCAUAUAAACACAUCUUGCUACAUACAUAAUUAUAAUUUAUAUAGUGCCAACAAAUUUCGCAGCGCUUUACAGUGGGUGGACAAACAAACAUGUAGUUGUAACCAGACAAGUUGGACACACAGGAACAGAGGGGUUGAGGGCCUUGCUUAAAGGACCACUAUAGGCACCCAGACCACUUCAGCUUAAUGAAGUGAUCUGGGUGCCAGGUCCAUCUAGGGUUAACCCUGCCUGCUGUAAACAUAGCAGUUUCAGAGAACACUAGGGUUAAUCCAGCCGCUAGAGGCGCUUCUGCACUUCUCACUGAUUUUCACAGUGAGAAGACGCCAGCGUCCAUAGGAAAGCAUUGAGAAUGCUUUCCUAUGGACUGACUGAAUGCGUGUGCUGCGCUGGAGAAAGGUAAGGGAUUUAACCCCCUUCCUCCCACUUCAGCCUGACGGGAGGGGGGCCAUGAGGGUGGGGGCACCCUCAGGGCACUAUAGUGGUCCUUUAAUGAGCUUACAUGCUAGAUGAAGUAUGGUAAAGUGACACAAAAGGUAAGGAUAGUAUUAGACUAAUGACAGUUGCAAGAGAGGAAUCAGUUGGGAGCUAGUUUAAUCUGAUAAGCUUUUAUGAAGGUUUUGGUUUUUUUGUGUGGUUUUUUUACAUACAUACUUACACAUUAACACACAAUAUAAACACACAUACACAUGCUGACACGUGCACACACCCUGACAUAUACACAUACUGACACACAGAUACACACACACACACAUACUGACACACAUACUAUCACACGCACACACUGACAUACAUACACAUAAACACAUACAUGUUAGAAGUAUCCUGUUAACAUGCCCCACAUUCCUAUUAACCCCAGCAGGCCCAAUCCAAGCCACCCUCCUGUUUACAUACCUUUAGUUUUCAGGAGGGUAGCCUACUGCUGGCUGGGGUUGAUUGGAAUGUCUGGAGCAGCUCUCGGGUUGCUCCUCUUCCGACUGCUGCCUGUGGUGCCGCUGCUUCCCUUCCCGCUGCAUUCAAACAUGGCCGUGUAAUACAAAAGCAAAUGCAAAUAUACUAAAAUAAAUCCUGCGCUCAAAGAGUUUAUUGCACAUUAUCCCAAAUCCCUAUUUAAAUAACUGGAGGUUUUUAGUAUCAUUCCAAUGGCCAUUUAAGUGUAAGCUCACCUGCCACGUCAAGGCCUCGUGCAUAGGGAUUUGGGAUAGUGCAUAAGUAACUCCUUUUUUCUUUGGUUUGUGGGUAUGGUAUGUUAAUGCAGUGUAAAUGGAAACAGCUUGUUGUUUGGUUCUUUAAUAGCCAGUUUGGAAUGAAGUAAUUAUAAUUCUUUUCAGGUUUGUGGCACAAUCUGAUGUUCGGGGUGUGGGCAGUUGUCUGGAAUGGUGAACUCAAUGGGCUUGAGUUUUUUGUUUUUCUCAAUUUUAUUCCUAUGAAGUACCAGCUUUCUAGAUCUUUUCUUUUUUUGCUGUAUCCUCUCCUGCAUGGAGCAGCUAUUUUGUGAACAGUUAUAGAUUCCAUUUAUUGCAGCUUUUGUGAUAUUCUUUUGUAACAAGUUUAAACUGGUACAUUGCUUUAAUUUUUUCCUUCAUAAAAUACCUUGCUUAUGUUAUCUGUUUAUGACAUUUUUACUGAUUUUUGUUUUGUAGAUGCUUGUAAAAAGAGACCAUAUAUAUUUACUAAACAGAAUUACUGAUUUUUUUUUGUUUAUAAAUCCAGAUUUACUUUAAUUUGUUAAGGACAGCGGGCGUUCUAUGCCAUCCUGAAUACCAGCGGGUGGCAUAGAAUGUCACCAGCAGUCGCGAUCCUGGGGCCUGCCUGACAACCGAGGCGGAUCCAUACCUCCCGGGCCAUAUGAUCACGAGUUCCUCACGAUCACAUGGCCGGAAUGCCUGUCCACAGCUCUGUCUGCCUGGGAUGUCAGGCAGUCCCCCAAUGCCUGUAAAAAGUUUUUGUGGGUGCACUUAAUAUGACAGAGAUGAAUUAUGGUUGAACAGACAUAUAGUCAAAUUCUAAGUUUUGUUUUGAUCAGAACAUAUACAAUUGCCUCUGUCCUCAAGGGACAUCUGAGGUUUGACUAAAAUGUCAUGUUUUUUUUUUUAUUUAAGACACCGUCAUUUUUGUUUUACUAUCUAUUUGAAACAAUGAGUCUGUCCUAAGCCUAAAAUGUUCAUUAUGUCCUGCAGGAUACAGACCCCAGGUUACUUGCAUGGAAAGGAGGCGCCGUUCUCUCAUGCCUUGACACCACACAGGAGUUGUGGAUCUACCAACAAGAAUGGCAGAGAUUUGGAGUUCGCAUGCUACGUGAAAGGGCAGCUUUUGUGUGGUGAAGACAUUUAAUUGGUCUCAAUUGUCUUAAUGGUGCUCCAGAAUGGCUUGUUGCAUAGAACCCUACAUGUAACCUGUUUCUAAAUACAGGGUCAGGUUAACUGCUAUUUUAUGGCUCAAAGGGACACUUCACUGCCCAAAUACAAAACAAGCAAAUAAAAAACAGUUUCGUAGAUAUACCCAUUAAAACAUUGCAUGCAUUUAGUUAUGCAUAUUUUUUUCAUUAAGCUAUAUCAAGUUCAGCCUUUCUCACGUUUUAUUUUUGCUGUUGAUCCAAAAGAAAGCAAAUAACCCAGUUUGAAGAGCUUAAAAUUUUGCAACAAACUAGGAAAAAAAAAAUCCUUCUUGACCCCAGCAUGGCAGUCAGAUCUCUCCAUGGAUCAAAAAGCUAAUGUUCCACAAAGCUCAACAGUUUCUGAAGUUCUGCCUUUGCAGUCCCUCCCCUUUUUCCCCUGUCCAUUCAGACUUCUUAAUGCUGCUCAGUGAGAAGUCUUUGCAAGAUGCUCUCUCUAGUUUAGCUCCACUGAGCUAACCAAACCAGGAAGUAAGAGGACCUGUUGUUUGCUUGAAAACCAAGGGGCUGUAACCAGGUUUAUUUAUAAAAGUAAAUGAACAAAUAGGAUUUGUAACGCUAGUAUGGAUGUGAAUAGGCAGCUGGAAGUACCCAAGCCAGAUUCUCUUCUUUCUGGUAGUAGAUCCCUGAGAACAACUAAAAGAUGUUGCUACCCUCCCACUAACGUAUAAUUUAUAAAAGUGUAAAUUUCUAUUGAAAUGUGCACUUUUUGCAAAAUGAAAAAAAAAAAAAAAUAGGACACACUUCACACAUGAAGCUUUGCAGCAAGGUAAAGAGCUUUUGAAGCCUGGAGUGUCUCUUUAAUUAAGGCACAAACUUAAAUUAUCACUUUUAUUAGCAAGGAAAAGCAUCCUCAGGUCUAUACAAAAAUCUAUUAUCGGCAUUUUAUAUUGUUAGAAAGCUCUCUCUCUCUCUCUCUGUGUAAGUACCAAGCUAACCUUUUGAUUGCUAUAUUGGAUUUGUUCAUUUUUGAGGCUGGACCAGUUUUGUCAUCAUUCUAUUUCCUGCAAACGACACAGUUUGAUAUGUUGUUAAGACUAUAUAAUAGCGGAGAUUAAUCAGGAUCUUCAGUCACGUUCUAAGAGAUGCUGUAACAAAUGCAUUGAUUAUAUCUUAGAUCUAUUUUCCUAAAGUGGUAAAUGAAAAGCAAAUCAGGCAACUAAAUAUUAAGCAUUUUUAACCGUACUCCAAAUACAGUAUGGUAUGAAAUAUAUAUGUAUGGUUUUAAAUAACAUUCUCUGCUCUGGCCCCAUAUUGGGGUGUUUGUGAUUAUGAGCCUGUCUGUGAACCUUCUGUACAAAUUGCCGACAACGUGAUGUACACAGCCUAUUCCCCAGCCCUGUUACCAUGUGGUAAUCGAAUGGUAUAAGGAUAAACAUCAAUGUUUAGUUCUACUGCAAAUCAGAAUAAUUAUCUGUUAACCAAAGUUGUACAAGCAAGUUACCAAUCCUUAGUGGAUUAUUGUGAUAUUAUUGAAUAAUGUUCUAAGUUACUCAGUUGCUAAUCUGUAUAUAUGUGUAAUAUGCAAUUUUUAUACAGAUUUUAUUUAUUGUCUCCAUGACUGAUUGAUUUAUGGACCAGAAAUAAACAUUUUUGUUUUCUGUU